AUGACUCUUCGUGCCGCAGGAUUGGAUGUGCGACAGGUGCCGACCAUUCCUGAAUCUGUGAAGACGGGGAAGGUUGUGGCCACAAAUGCGGAGACAUUCGCGCCAUUUGCGGAUGAACGGACUCGUGCAAUCAGCCUGAGCUCCGUCAUGUUUCACAGUGGACAGAUGAAUGAUGUCAAGGAUACAAGCUCGCUGCAUACGAAAAAGAAGUUUUGGAAUCCGAGAUUCCGGUCGUGGUGCUCUUCACUCUUCACGCAACCAUCUUGUGAGCCAGAAGACGAGCAGGAGGGUAUCCUCAUCCCAUUGGCCGAGGAUUUUAGGGUUUUGGCCAAUAUCUGCAAGAUCGAUGCCACCGGCAAUGCAGAGCUGACAAAAACUACUGGACAGCUUGAUGAAGCCAAGAUUCCAGAGACGAUGAAAAGAUUUGGCGUCACAAAGUUUCCCACUCUGAAAGUGUAUGCCGAUGCAGAGGAAAAAGUGAGUAAAUAA